UGCUUAGUUAAUUAUUUUUUAAAUGUGGCCAAUAUCAGAUUCCAGUGUGAACUGGUCACGGUCCUGAAUUGGCCCACAUGUGCAAAAGAACAAUAACAAAGACGUCACAUGCAACACGCUGUCAUACGGAAGUAAGCAUGGAGGCCACUGAAGUCAGCAUUUACGCGUUCGUUUAUGAGGAGAUGUGCAGCGGAAGCCAGCAAAUUCGUGAGCAGGUUAUUAGGAGGAUGAGGAGAAAGAGCAAAAUUUUUGCUAAACACAGACCGGUUACGAUACGACCCUUCAAGUUUUGCUUGUAUAGAGCUGUCACCCCAAAUACUUAUGAGUUCUAACACCUCACUGUCCCUCUACUGACUACCUUCGCAGCUGUCAUCCAUAUUCACAGAGUGACCAAAGAACUACCGGUAUGUAAAAUCUUUGGAGCGACUCCCGCCAGCGCAGCAUUGUGACGAAUGACGAGAGUGACGAGAUAUGACUGUACAGACUGAGGUCGCAUUGCAAAAAAAUCAGACCUGUAUCUGAUUUAGGACCACAUAUGGAAGUGGCCCAAAUCAGAAUCGAAAAGAUCAGAUUCCAUGUGGUUUGCUGUUCACACUGUUAUGAAAAAAGCAGAUCUGAGUCACAUAUGAGCAAAAAAAUCAGAUUUGGGCCACUUUUGCCUGCAGUCUGAAUGUAGCCUUCAAUAGGGAGAGAAAUCAAAUGGGUUAACAAGCAGGGCAGGUGUGACUAAUGAACUAAUAAUAAGCAAACAAGGAGGCGGGGCAUGAAGCAAGACUGAGAGACACGUGGCAAUACAGGAACAAAACAAAGCCACGUGCUCUCACAAAAGCGCAGACACCCGAAUGGCUCGAGCGCAUAUCGCCAAGACAAUAGGCAACAUGCAGUCAUGCCAACCGACAGAUAAAACGAGAGAAUGCACGGCAAUGCCAACAAAGCAAUGCCAUGCAUUCUCACACUAGACACAGCCUGAGCGUACAUGGCAAGGCAAACACCACGCGAUGCACGCGACAGGCGACAAAUCGAGACAGGACACCAGUGCGAGCGUUCGGCCACACACAAACCCGACACCUCAGACCGAAGUGACCGAACCUCAGCAGAACAUGAAGACAGCUCACGACCCGAGUGCAAAGCGCAUUUGCAAUCACGAGAGACAGACACAGAUUAUUGACUCGAGUGCAUCCCGCCAAGGUGACGUAAGCGCAAUACACUCACGCCAAUACAGACAAGACAUGGAACAUGAGUGUCCGGAUCCCGACACCAAAACCGAAACUGAGCCAGACAGGGAAGUCAGGAUCCAGACACCAUGCUCUGGACAUGAGACACGAGACUGACCAAAGAGUGCACGGCACGGAAACCACAACCAAAACCGUGUGCUCACACAAAGACAGAAGACAAAACACAAGACAGACACAGAACAAUGAUGUCAUGACCCUGUCACACAAAAAACCAGACUGACAGAGUGACAUGAUUGUGACAGUGUGGGCAGAGUUGUUGUGACAUUUAAUAUUUUACCACCAAAAUUUGAAAUUGCCCAUAUUUCUGUUAAACACCCUUUUUUUAUACUGUCACCCAAAACUCCUAUUUCAUUUCCACUGUGUCUGAAACUCUUCAGAACUGAAUAAAAUAUUUAUAGAUUUAUAAAUGGCAAAUAAAAUUAUCAUUAGAGUAAAUUUUCCUUGAAAAAAAUAAGUCGUUUUAUAAAGAAUAAGCAUUUAGAUAUCCCACAUAUGCAUUUAAGGGGGGUAAAGUUACAUAUGUGUUCUAGGGUUAAAACAAGAAAGAAAAUAAUACUUGAGAAGCAGAAUGAUGUAAGACAUAAAGUCUUGUUUUCAGAGAAAUCUAAAAAAAAUAAUUGCUAAUGGGGUGAGAAAAAUAUACACGUUUUCCCCUUGAAUCAAGUUUAUUUUUCUUACCCCAUUUGUAAAUGGUUUUGUCUUGUUAUAUGCAUAAAAGUUACACAAUUUUGUUUGAUUUCUCUGAAAACAUCUUGUCAUUUUGCUUUUCUAAGAAAAAAAUAUAUCUAGUUUUUAGACAUUUUGUGUGCAUCUGAUUUGCUGUUGUGAAAUUAUUGUGGCAGGGUGGAGGGCGGGGCCGGGUCGUGAUUCCACACACCCGGCCCCUAAUUAGGCUGAUGAAGCCCGAGAGGGAUAAGGGCAACCGGAGACGGCAGUGUGACAGAGAGAGAGUUACGGGCAGCUGCCCGACACCUGUGUGUGUCUUUUGGUUUAAGUUUCUCAUUAAACUAUUAUUUAUAUUAUCAAGCCGGUUCUUGCCUCCUCCUUUCCAUUGAUGUGUUACACUGGUGCCGAAACCCGGGAAGGAGGAGGGAUGCGCCGUAGUAGAGUCCUCGCCACUACCAUCCACCCCAACGGUGCAGCCGUGGCCAUCCGCCGUGGGACGGAGGAGCCCGGCCACCUGAGAGCAGAGGAACGGCCGCCGACCGCGAGGGGAGGAGGGGCUCCUGGCCGACCGCCUGGAGUGGGAGGACCGCUGCCUGGGGCGAGGGAGACCCCUUCCGUCCACCAGAACGCGGCGGGGCGUUCCGUCCGCCAGGGGCCGGAAGACUGCCUCCGAUCCGUCCCUGUUGGCACGGCUGUCGUCCGCUAGAGAGUGGAGGAGUGGCCGAGGACCAGGCUAUGCCGUAUCGGAGAACCGGUGUGGACCUCAGCAACAUUGUGAAGGCAGUGCCAAAAGUGUCUUCUGAAGAAAACACAGAAGACCAAACUCAUGAGGUUCUUCAGGCUUUAGAGUCACUCAAAUCAGCAGUGGUGUCGUCGUCCACAUCCAUAUUGGAGGAUCUGCAAUUGUUCACGGAGCAGUGCUCUCUCGACUUCUCUCAGAGAUACCUGGCGGCUCAAAAGGAGGCGUAUCCCACGAUUCUCACCUGCUGCCAGAGAGCCGGAGAGGAGAAGGAGUUGCUCUCGGUUGCUCUUGCCGCUCUGUCCGUGCUCACAGACGGCCAGCCGGAUCUCCUGGACGUGGAAGGACGAGAGUUUUUGAUCGGUGCUUUAACGACGCACCAGUCGGACCCUGCUCUCACCUGCCAGUGCAUCCGUAUCGUUCGACACUUCUGUCUGAAACAUGAGAAUAACAGGCAGGCUUUUGUGAAGGCAGGUGCUUUGGCACUGCUCACCGGGAGCAUCAUACGCCACAUUGAACAUCCUGAGGUCGUGAGGGAGGCCUGUGUCGCGCUGAGGGUCAUGACCUUUGAUGACGAUGUGCGUGUGCCUUUUGGACAGGCUCAUGAACAUGCUAAGAUGAUCGUGUUGGAGCAGAACGGACUGAAAGUUAUUGUUGAAGCUGCUAAAGCCCACCCAGAGAACACGGCAGUGCUCAGUGAACUCUGUGCCACUCUCUCUCGUCUCGCUGUCAGAAACGAGUUCUGUCAGGACAUCGUAGAGCUCGGAGGCUUGAAAUUCAUGAUAACACUCCUGGCUGACUGUUUAGAUUGUCAGGAGCUUGUGAAGCAGGUGCUCAGUGCAUUAAAGGCCAUCGCCGGAAAUGAUGACGUCAAAGAUGCCAUUGUGAAUACGGGUGGGGCAGAACUGAUUGUCAUGGCGAUGAACCGUCACAUGGCUAAUGCACAGGUGUGUGAACAGGGAUGUGCAGCGCUGUGUGUACUCGCUCUACGUAAACCCAAUAACUGCAAAGUCAUCAUGGAGUGUGGGGGAGCACUGGCGGCAAUGCAGGCCAUGAAGAAUCAUCCAGCUGAAGUCAAUGUGCAGAAACAGUCGUGUAUGCUGUUGAGGAACCUGGUCGCUCGCACACGUGACUUCACUCAAGUGAUACUGGAAAUGGGAGCCGAGGCGCUGAUAUCUCAGGCACUAACCACUCACAGGGACUGCGGCGAUGUGGGACGGGCCGCCUUACGAGAUCUCGGCUGCCAGGUUGAACUGCGAGAACUCUGGACGGGCAAGAAGGGAAGCCUGAGUCACUGAAUGAACUGUGAUGGCAAAUCUCUGCUUCAUCCAUGAAUUCACUAUUGAAUCAUAUGACCACA